AUGCCGUUCAAGCACGUGCAUCUCGCCCUUGUCGCUUCGGUCAUGGCCAUCGCGGCCUACCUCACGAGCUUCCAGACCGAGAUCCUCUACGCCAGCCGCUAUCACAUCCCCAAGCAAUGCCACGGCGUGGGGAGGAAGCAGGGGAGCGGCCGCUACGCCGUUCUCACGCUGCUGUCAAGCCCGAAGCAAGUGGAUCAGGCGGUGGUUCUCGGCAAGUCCAUCACUCUUUAUUCGCGGGUAGAGUGCAGGGUGGACAGGAUCGCCCUCCUCAUAGAGCCAGAGCCAUCCACCGUUCACAAGCUGCAGAAUGCAAAGUGGAGCAUCAGGCCCUUUGCAAAGGACAUCGAGGCGAUGCAAACCAAUCGCACGCGGCAGUCCAGCUGCCUCCCCAUGCUCACCAAACUGCAGCUCCUGAACAUGACGGAAUACGACGCGGUGCUCUUCCUCGAUUCCAACACUGUUGUGCUCGGAAACAUCAUGGUGCUCUUCACCUACCAUGCCCCGAUGAUGCGGAGGCUCUCCGCGCACGUCGGCUGGGUGAGGGAGCAGAGGCUGACUCUGCAUUACAACCCCGGCGUGCUCCUCGUCAUCCCCGACGGAUUCAUCUUUGAGAGAUCGGUCAAGGCGCUUGCCUCGCAACAGGGCUGUAAUGAGGGCGGGGUUCUCAACUCCCUCUGGCGUGACGAGACCUUUGAACUAGACCAGAUCUACAACGCGAUGACGGCCAUGGCAGUGCAGAAUGUGUCCUUCUUCGACACCAUCCGCAAUGACGUCAGGGUGUUCCACUCGACCUUCUUCAAGCCCACCUACCUCUUCUUCAUGGUUCGGUGCUACUGGCACGGGACCUACGACCUGUGCAGGGCGUGGGCUGAGAUCGAGAGAAUGCAGACCACAAAGCUUCCCCCCUCCCCCUGA